AGCAGAGUUAAGGGAACCAACGAACAGGUAAUUGCUCUGCACGGUUUGAACCUCUCUGCGGCCGAAAUUUUAAGAGAUGAAAAUAUGUGGAUCCGGAGUGUUCAAGAAUCGAGCUUCGCGGAAGAAUUGAAGUACUUGCGAAGUAAGUCGAAAGCAUCGCCCCGCCGAAUGUUCGAAACUUAG